UCGCCAUCAACGCGUUACCCGUCCGCGUGGACAACCCCUUCGCCCGACGGCGUAGAGUGCAGCAAGCUCCGGGCCGACCGCGCCUACUCGGCGGUGGGUGAUCUGUCCAAGUUCCAGAUCACGAGCUUGAACUUCCUCGACGGCCAAGUCCUCAAGCUGUGGGACGUCACCAACUACACAACUGCGACGGCGACUUCCAACGGACGGCAAGGUGUGCUCUGGUCGGACAAGACCCAGUGCCCCGAGUUCGAGAAUUCGUUUACCUACGCCCCGGUCGACGCCGCGAGCGCUGAGAACUCGGUGCGCAUCAAGCUCGACGACCUCCAGAUCAAGUUCGAGGUGACCGCUGCCUACGUGCGCAACCAGACCGGAUGGUGUACGUUGUUGAUUGCCUUCAUCGUCGUCUUCUUCUUCUUGGCCGCUGAGUGCUCACCCAACUAG